UGCAACUGAUAACUUAAAAAGAUCACUUUACAAUUCAUUAUUAAUUUUGUUAGCCUUGCAUUUGAAUUUUCGCAACCGAGAUAAUGAGUAACAUCUGGACCUGCUUUACAGCCAAUCAGUGUCCCACUCUUGCUGGCAAACCAAAAAUGUUUUUCAUUCAAGCCUGUCGUGGUGAAGGUGCUGAUCCUGGGGUCACCUUGCAACGCGUGGUUCGUCAAACUGAUACAGAUGGUGAAUCAUCAACGUAUUACAGAAUACCUGUUAAUGCCGAUUUUUUAAUUAUGCACGCCACCAUUCCGGGCUUCGUGCAGACCACUAAUGGCAAACGGCUGGACAUCCUGACACUGCUCACAUUUGUUUGCCGACGGGUGGCGAUCGACUUUGAAACCCAAGACCAGCACAUAAAACAGGUUCCCUGCAUUACGACCAUGUUAACACGUAUUUUACGCUUCAGCGAUAAGGAAAUUGCACCAGAUAGACGAAUGUGUGGAUUGCCAUCAUGUCCUAAUUGCUUAUUUAACUGAUCACAUGAAGACGUAAAGAUUUAUGUUUGUAUGUUUACCUUUUUACAAAUAAAGAUCCAACAAUUU